AUGGCGGAUGUUCCCAACGGUGGCAGAAUCGUGCCCAUUGUCUCGCCGGCCCGUCAGCAGCAUUACUCCCUUCCCUCGCCUCCCGCUAAGCUAGACGAGAUCCAGCAUUCUCAGCAAAUUCCGCAGUUAACUCAAUCCAAUCUCCCGAGAUCUAUGCGUCCCAAACCCGAAGACGCGGCAUCUCUGAAACUCCCGUGUCUCAACGAAUUAGGGCUGUAUGCUCUGCCCACCGAAGGUGACGGCAAUUGUCUCUACUACGCGCUCUCCGAUCAACUCUACGGUGACUUCUCCCACGCCGAUCCAAUUCGCAUCCGUCUGGCAGAUCACAUUGCCGCCAAUCGGGACUACUUCAUGAGCUUCAUAGCCGCCGUGGGUGGGGAGCGUCGGGCUCCUCGACGUGCAGCCGCGUCGGCAGCCCGACAUGCGUGUCGCUCCUCUUCCUCUUCCAGUCCGGCGCCGGUCUCGGUCUCUGCCAAGGACAAGGAGCGCAGCUUCGAUUCCAAGGUGGCCGAGUCUCGGAAACGGGGUGUCUGGGGAGGAGCGGAGGAGAUCCAGGCAUUCUGUCAGUCUUUCAAAAAGGACGUCAAUGUCUAUACUAUGUACGGGAUCCAGAACUUUCGUGACGUCCAUGCUCCGGACGAGGAACAGCGGGAAACGGUUCAUAUUGCUUUUCACGACUUUCAUCAUUACUCUUCGGUACGGCAUACGCAUGGUCCCCACGAGGGCUUGCCGCAGAUUCCCAAAUAUGCUAAAGAGCUCGAAAAAGAGGCAUCUGCUGCGACGAGUACCGUCGUAGACCUGGCUAGUCCGUGGAAGAUCUCGGCUAUCCAGGAGGGUCUCGGGGGCAAAUAUGAUCGAGACGCUAUUGUGGAAAUGCUUCAACAGUGCCGAGGCAAUAUUGAUAGAGCAUUUACGAAUUUACUGGGGGAAAGCAGCACUGCCAACACACAGCCAUCAGAGUCGACGACUUCCCGAGCCAUCAUGAAAUCGCGUCUUCAACCGUCUACCUCUUCCCGGUCAUCAUCGCCCUUCAGCACGGGAAGUAAACGCUCUGCCGAUGACAGUGACUCGGAGGAGAACCCUCGUCCGGCCGUCCGGCGCAGUCGAGCCCGAGAUCAAAAGAGACGGAUUCUUCCCGACGUCACGGUGGGAAUCGCCUUCAGGGACGAUCAGAAUGAUCUAGUCUCCCUUCGACUGCGCGUCAGUCCGGAUGCGGUCGCUGAGAAGACGGUAACCAAGCAGAAUAUAGACGAGACCUCGGCGGAGGCUGAAAAAGAAAAGCCACGGCCCGUCAUCAAAGAGAAGAAACCCAAGGCUAAACCUAAGCCUGCUGUCCCGGAUGAGGUCUUCGGCCAGCCGAGCGAACUCAAAGAAGGGCCCAAACCACGACGCAGCCAGCGCAUCUCACGAAGUCGCAACCCUCCUCAAGCGGCUUAG